AUGUUAGAAUCUUCUGCUAUUGCCCAUAAACGCUUUGAUCCCAUUCUCCUUGGUACAAAGCCGGAUUUCGUUGUUAAAACAACAAAUCCAAAAAAACAAAUUGAAUUACUCAUAGCCGAAAUAAAACCGCCAAAUAAAGGAGAUGCAUUCGUAUCAGAUAAUUUAGUUUCCCUCAGAAAAACAAUGAAAUGCGCAAUAGACAAGUCAAUUGAGGACGGUGUUGAUGAUCUAGUUAUUUGUGGCAUACAAAUAAUUG